GACGGUGGUGACUCCCUCAAAAAACUUUUCACCAUUUGAAUACCUCAGCAUGGCACACAUCGCCAAAACUCUGUGGAACGCAUUCGAAAAUAACACCUACACCGAUUUACUUGUGAAGUGCGCCGGCGUGGACUUUCAUGUUCAUAAGGUCGUUGUGUGCUCUCAGUCUCGAUUCUUCAGAGCUGCCUGCGAUCACCCUUGCCGUGAACAUAUCGAAGACACCAUUACGUUACCAGAUGACGAGUCAAUCGUGAUAUCGAGAUUGGUCGAAUUCUUGUACACAGGAAAAUACAAAGGCUUGGAACCCGAAAUUGGUCAGUCUACAAGCGAGAAGACAAUGACGACGACAGAAGAGCACGUCGAAUCGGAAUUCACGCUUCACGCCAAAAUGUACGCAGUAGCAGUGAAGUACGGCGUGGCGGAUCUUGAUCAAACAGCAAAGUCACGGUUUAGGAGCCUGGCUUCUAAGGCUUGGAAUACCUACGAUUUUCUCGCUUCCAUCCCUUUUAUCUACAAUCUGAUUCCAGAAUCGGAUAAAGGUCUCCGCGAAGUAGCAGCCAACUGCAUGAGACACCGGCUACGAAGCUUGCUCGGUGAUGCCAAUGCAUGCGCGAGGUGGCGACAGACCUGUAUGGAAAUACCGGAGUUUCCACUGGAUGUUCUGGAUAACUUCGCUAGGAAUCCAUUGCAGGGCAGCUGUUCCACGUGCGGCCCAAACCAAGGCGUUGAACCAUUGCAAUUACGCUGUCUUACCUGUGGCAAGGGCGGUGCGAGUCAGACUCGGUAUUAACUUACUCUCGAUUCUCGAUCGCCGAUGGGUUGGAAGCCGAUUUUGCAAAAAGAUCUGUGGAGAAAAGUCGGAGCCUACAUUCUCAGGUUGACCCCAGGCUGUGAUUCCAGGCCAUUCACAGCGCCCAGGAUUAAUGUCCUGUCACAGUCGGCAGGUUGGGGCACUACUCCUGAGAGCGGGAAAGUCGUGGGGUGCUGACUAGGAGCGAAGUCCUAGGAUAUGUGUCCCCGCCCGGUACUGUAACAAAAUGUGUGAAACUUGGCUGGCUUCAGGUGACAACAGCCCUGCCGACCCGCUCUGGAUGAUGCAGAGCGAAUGGUCAUCACCAUCAUGACUACAAACUCUAAAACUCGCCAAGAUUUAUUUACUGCGUGUCUCUAGCUGUCAGGGUAGAUUUCACGUGAUCGGGAAACCUUCCCAUCUGUCGCUUCGGCGCACCUGCACUGCGCAAAC